CCUGAUCUCUCCCUGCGGAACAGUUGAAGUCAGCUCAGCACAGUGGGCUGAUCUCGUCUAAGAGGGUGAAAGGAAGAAGGAGGGAUUGCUGAAGACAGGGACUUACAGCUGCUGUCCCGCUACAGAUCGUGCUAUCUGACAGCGGUGCUCUCCAACCCACGCUGCACCACCUCUGUAUCGCUUCGCUCUUUUUUUCAUUUUAUUUUGGUAACUAUUCGGCCAUUUUUACCCACCAGCCUCCCUCCUUUUUUUUUUUUGCACAUAGCCCCUUCUUUUUACCCCAUUUUCCCCCCUCCUCGCAUCGACUGUUUGUGUUUUCUUUUCCGGGGCUGUCCUUCGGACUCGACUGUAAGUUUUCCACGUGGAAACCCAGAAACCCAGACUGCAACAAAAAAGGUGAUGGCCUUUGUUGGGCGUGCAGUCCGGCGCCUCGUAUCAGCAGCGCGUCCCCCCGUAGCCCCGCUGUGCCGGACAAGCUCCCGGUCUUACAGCACUGAACACACCAGUGAAAAGAGCGUCCCCUAUGAGAAGACACUCAAACAGGAGGAAGGAGCCUCCACUGGACCCACUAAGCCUUUACCAAGGUCAGCUGACGUGGUGGUGAUAGGAGGAGGUAGCAUCGGCUGUCAGACCGUCUAUCAUCUGGCCAAAAUGGGAAUGACCAACGUAGUUCUGCUGGAGCGAGACAGACUGACUGCUGGCACCACCUGGCAUACGGCUGGCCUUCUGUGGCAACUCCGUCCCAGUGACGUGGAGGUGGAGCUCCUGGCCCACACCAGGAACGUGAUCAGCAAAGACCUGGAAGAGGAAACGGGUCUCCACACUGGCUGGAUCCAGAAUGGAGGACUCUUCAUUGCUUCCAACAAGCAAAGACUGGAUGAAUACAAGCGCCUCAUGUCGCUGGGUAAAGUUUAUGGCAUCGAGUCCCACGUUCUGUCACCUGCGGAGACUAAGGACCUUUAUCCCCUCAUGAAUAUUGACGAUCUGUAUGGAACGCUGUAUGUUCCCAAAGAUGGCACCAUGGACCCUGCAGGCACCUGUACCACCCUGAGCAGAGCUGCUACAGCCAGAGGAGCCACGGUGAUUGAGAACUGCCCAGUGACCGGUAUCCAAGUGCGAACGGACGACCUAGGGGUCAAGAAGGUUAAGGCGGUGGAGACGCCUCAUGGAGCCAUUGAAACUCCGUGUGUGGUGAACUGCGCAGGUGUGUGGGCCACCAGACUUGGUGAGAUGGCUGGAGUCAAUGUUCCUCUUAUUGCCAUGCAUCAUGCUUAUGUGGUGACAGAGAGGAUAGAGGGCAUACAGAACAUGCCAAAUGUCAGGGACCAUGACGCAUCGGUGUACCUGCGCCUCCAAGGUGACGCUCUGUCUGUGGGUGGCUAUGAGCAAAAUCCCGUCUUCUGGGAGGAGGUGUCCGAUAAGUUUGCCUUCAGCCUGUUUGACCUGGACUGGGACGUAUUUAUGCAACAUAUCGAGGGAGCUAUAAAUAGAGUUCCUGUUCUGGAGCAGACCGGUAUCAAGUCCACUGUCUGUGGACCAGAAUCUUUCACCGCUGACCAUAAGCCGCUGAUGGGAGAAGCACCAGAAGUUCGAGGUUACUUCCUGGGCUGUGGCUUCAACAGUGCUGGUAUGAUGCUGGGAGGUGGAUGUGGCAGAGAGCUCGCUAAGUGGAUCAUACAUGGCCGGCCAGAAAAGGACAUGUAUGGAUACGACAUCAGACGUUUUCACAGUUCGCUGACAGACAACGCUCGCUGGAUCAGGGAGAGGAGCCAUGAGUCAUAUGCAAAAAACUAUUCUGUAGUGUUUCCCUUUGAUGAGCCACUGGCCAGCCGUAACAUGAGGAAGGACCCUUUCCAUGAGGUGCUGACAGAACAAGGUUGCAUGUUUCAAGAGAGGCAUGGUUGGGAGAGACCCGGCUGGUUCAACAAAGACGGGCCGGCUCCUCCUAAAAAGUACGAUUACUACGGAGCUUACAACAUUAGGAAUAACGAGAACUACAAAUACAAAAAACUCCUGGGCAAAGAGUACACCUUCGACUUCCCUCCGCAUCACGAUGUGAUUAAGAGUGAGUGUCUCUCAUGCCGACACGACGUUGCAGUGUUUAACAUGUCCUACUUUGGGAAGUUCUAUCUCACCGGACCAGAUGCCAAGAAAGCAGCCGAUUGGCUCUUCUCGGCUGAUGUCAACAAGAAGCCAGGUUCCACUGUGUAUACGUGUAUGUUGAAUAAAAGAGGAGGGGCGGAGGCCGACCUGACGGUGAGCAGGCUGGAGCCGAGCGCUGCCAAGCUGCCGCUGGCGCCGCAAUCAGAUGGUGAUGCAUACUACCUUGCCAUUGGAGGCGGAGUCGCCGAACACAACUGGAACCACAUUCGGACGGUUAUUCAGGACCAAGGCUUCCACUGCCAGCUGACGGACCACUCCGAGGACAUGGGGAUGAUCAGCAUCCAGGGGCCUAAGAGUCGAGAAGUAUUGCAAGAAGUUUUGGAUGCAGAUCUCAGCAACGAAGCAUUUCCCUUCUCUACCCAUAAGCUUGUGAACGCAGCAGGAUAUCAGGUGCGAGCAAUGCGUCUGUCAUUUGUCGGAGAGCUCGGCUGGGAGCUCCACAUUCCCAAAGACUCCUGUGUUCCCGUCUACCGGGCUGUCAUGGCCGCCGGUGCAAAGCAUGGCAUCAUCAAUUCAGGCUACAGAGCCAUUGACUCUCUCAGCAUAGAGAAGGGGUACAGACACUGGCACGCUGACCUUCGGCCCGAUGACACACCUUUGGAGGCGGGGCUUGCCUUCACCUGCAAACUGAAGAGCUCCAUCCCGUUCCAGGGCCGGGAAACGCUGGAGAGACAGAAGGAAGAGGGUCUGAGGAGGCGUAUCGUCUGUUUCACCAUCGAUGAAAAAAUACCAAUGUUCGGUCUGGAAGCCAUUUUCCGUAACGGCGUCCCUGUUGGUCACCUCCGGCGAGCCGACUAUGGCUUUUUCAUAGACAAAACUCUUGGUUAUGGAUACAUCCGCAACCCUGAUGGAGGAGUGGUCAGUGCCGAUUUCAUUAAAGCCGGAGAGUUCACGCUCGAAAGGAUGGGAGUGGCGUACAAGGCCAAGGCGCACCUCAAAUCUCUAUUCGACCCUGAAAAUAAACGUGUUAAAGGAAUCUACGAGUGACCGCCAAUGUGAAAACACUCUGGUUAGAGAAUACUAUGCAAUCUGCUGCUUUUCUGCAUUCAGUUGCCACUACAGAUGCAUACCUCUGCCAUUGAUGGUGUUUCAUAAAUGUGAAGCGAUAAAGUGACGUUUAAGAAGAUUGAGUUUAACGAUAUUUGCUCAUUCUUAAAUGAUUUUAAAUGUUCAAAAUCAAAGCAGGUCCACUGUUCCUCGAUGUGUGCUCUUAUAUGAUUAUUAUAAAAUUUCCACCAGCUCAAGACUUUUUAUCAAGACAAAAUCUUUUUAUAACCAGAUAAACUUCACUAUCCUUUCAGCAAGCAAACAUAACUUACCCGAAUAAUUCUUUUCUUUUUUUUUUGACAAACUAGCAGUUCAUUAGAGGAUAUUAGUGCAGAUAUUUGCAUUUAUUACUUUAAAGACUCAGUUUUUAACUUUGAAAGUCUUACUUCCUGUUGCAGCUCACUUUGCACUGAGCUGUUGAACAGAAUUUAUUAUCAUGACUAUAGAUAGAUGUGUCUGUGUUGUAAAGUUUUAUGUGAAGCACUCAGUGUCCUUAAGCAAAGAAGUCCUAAAAGGGCUCGGAAAAGAGAUUGUACAUGUGUGUGUAUGUUUAUUCAAAGUAAAUCAGAUGCUGCAGCUUCCCAGGUAAUUGAGCAUUUAAUGUAAUUUGGCUUAAAAGCAGUUUUUUUUUUCAUAUUUUUUGAUCAACAACUAGAGAUCAAGGCUUCGUCCUAAAGGGUAAAAUAUUCAGUCAACUAGCAAACUGACUGUGUGUGACCUCCUGCUUCUGGCAUCAAAGUUUUAUAACUGUGCCUUGGGCGCUUCAUGCCCACCAAAUGGCUGGAGUAGAGUUAUGUUUUUUAUGAAGUUAACUAUUUAUCAUGAAUAUUUUUUAACAUUAAUGCGACAGGGGUCACAAUAUUCCAUGAAGGCUCUUUUAGCUCCAUUAGGUUUUCAUAAAAGUACUUACCGGCUACGAGCUCUGCUCUUUUUCUACAGGUAAAAACUACAGAGGCAAGUAAAAAAAAAAAAAAAGUAGUGCAGUUUUUAAAAAAAACGUUUUCAAACAUUGUUAAACUUCAGCUCUCCUAAAAUCAAAGUUUUACUGUAUCUUAAGUUGUAACUUUUCUCUGGUAAGUCUGAGAACCGGACUUGGCAUCCUGCAUCUAUAUAGACUGCGCCAAAUUACAAGCAGAUGAGCAAAGUAGAACUUUACUUAAGAAAAUGGCUGCGAUAUGGAAGCUUUCAGUUUUUGAUAUUACUCUGAUCCUUUGAAAUGGACGUGAAAGGGCAGAAGAGAGAAUAUUUCAAGGUUUUAAUCUAUUUCUGUUGAUGUUUCAAUGUUCCAAGACAGAAACAAAAGCAGCCAUAACCCUUCAGGGAUGUGCAUCAGAGAUUUUAAGCUUAAAAGAAUGGAGGCUGCUGCUCUGUGAGUGGUGUCAGCUUAGUUUGUUAAACGAAUUGCUAUAAUUUAGAUGUUAAUUCAAUUUCAAAGAGUAAGAGAAUUGGACACUAACAUUCAUGGCUGCAGAAUAUCGAGUUUUAACCGUGUUUGAAGCACCUCUGGUUGAGGGUUCAGGGUCAUUAAAUUCUAGGGCUAAAGUUUCAGGCUAGCAUAAUAAAAACACAGCUUCAGUGACAGACAGUUUGAUUACCUCAUAAUUAAGAUUAUUUUUGCCAGACAAGAAUCUUCAGCAAGUGGCAAAUAGCCGCAUCGUCGAUAUAAAGUUACUGAGUAUGGAGUAAAAGUUGUAGUAGUGAUGCUCUUCAUGUAAUAAAUUUUUUACUCUGUAACAGCCUUUGAAAUAUAAGGUGCCCUUUAGUCACUGGAUGGGUUUAUAAGUUGUUUAUAAACCCAACUAUAGCAUCAGAGAGAUAUAGUAUAUCUCCAAGCAUCAUCUUGCCACUGCACAUCAAAAUGUUUUCUAAUUAAUCGUUAUUUAAAGUCAGUGCUGACUUUAAAUAACAAAUGAGUCAUGUAAAGAGAAACAGUCGAAGUAAAUUAUUCAUGUCGAUCUAGACUUGUUAACUUAUGUUGAAGAGAAUUUCUUUAUUAAUAAAAUGCAAUUUUACCUAAA